UCUCGCGCCCGCUGUUGAUGACUCGGGCGGUACCGCUCAGGUCUUCUUCUUGGGCGAUGGCGGGGAGGGACAUCUGCUAAUCGGACUUUUAAAUGGGUGGUGCUUUAGGAUGCCGAGCUGACAGUAGGCCUGCAAGUGUUUUUCUUGAAUACACGGAUGUGUGUCAACAGAAGUGUCAAAGACUUUGCGUCGGUGGGGAAGGACCGGAGCAGCCACACUGAUAGCAAGUUUCCUCUCGUCCACAGGGCCAUGGCGGGUCUCUCUCAGGUGUCUUCCUGGGUGAGGGGGUAAACAGGCAGCAGGUUCCCAAGCCUCUUCUCCACCAUGGCAGACAGUGCCUCCGCACCACCAGCUACCAUCUUCUGCAAGCUGUGCCUCACCCACCACCCAGAGGGCGAUGCCAGCACACUGCACUGCGGAUGCGUUUUCUGCACUCAGUGUGUGCAGCAGUAUGUGAGCCUGUGUGUGCGUGAGGGUGGGGGUGCCCUGGUCACCUGCCCUGACCCUUCCUGCCAGGCCACGCAGGGACUCUCCGACUCCGAGGUUGCCUGCUACGUGUCUGAGGAACAGUUGGAGUUGUACAAGCGGCUGAAGUUUGAGAGAGAGGUGCAGCUGGAUCCCAGUAAGGCCUGGUGCCCAGUGAUACACUGCCAGGCUGUGUGCUGCGUCGUGCCCGGUGUAGAGGGCACACCGUCGCCCGUGCCCGUCCCCUGUCCGGCCUGCCACACCAUCUUCUGCUUCGACUGCAAACAGCCGUGGCAGGAGGGGCACGUUUGCCCCAGUAGCCAGCCCCUCAUGUCUGCCUCCUCAGAGGGGGACAGCUCUACUGAUGCCCCCAUCAAGCAGUGUCCCAUCUGUGGCAUCUACAUCGAGCGCAACCAGGGCUGCGCCCAGAUGCUCUGCAAGAACUGCAAGCACACCUUCUGCUGGUACUGCCUCCAGAACUUAGACGGUGACAUCUUUCUGAGGCACUAUGACAAAGGCCCGUGCAAAUACAAGCUGGGCCACUCACGGGCCUCUGUUAUGUGGAACAGAAUGCAGGUGGUGGCCGUGCUCGUGGGUGCCAGUAUCACCAUGUUGCUUACUUUUCCUUUGCUGCUGUUGGCCUCCCCAUGCAUCUUGUGUUGCGUCUUCAAACCCUGUCAUGGAAAGAAGCGGAAAAAGAAGACCAAAAAGAAUGGCAGAAGCGUUCCCUCUGACCUCUAGCCUAGUUUGCUCUCUCUCUCUCACACACACACACACACACACACACACACACACACACACACACACACAUAUAGAUAGACAAACACACACACACACACACCUGCACGCAUACACACACGUGCACACAUGGAUACGCACGAAUACAGAUAUGCACACACACACACACACACACACACACACACACACACACACACACACACACACACACACACACACACACACACACACACACACACACACUCUUUGAUCACUUUCAUGUGAACUCACACCGGAAGAGUACGGAGAAACCCAAACCAGUCUUGUUACUGUAAGGGUACACAAGUGCCUCGCUCUGCAGUGCCUGGUAUUUGGUGGUGUUUCUGUGUUGCCUUCCAUUGAUUUAUGCAAAAUGUGUUGUUUAUAAGAUAAACAACCACAUAUUUGGACCAUAAACAUGUAAAUAGUUCCUUGAAACAAUGUGAAGCAUUAAUUUGAUGCAGGGGGAAAAUACAUAUAUUGUAGGCCUACAUGUAUUGAUGUGGAGGGACAUGUCAUGAUAUCAUUUUAGAGUUACAGUAGGCAGCAGUACAGAGUAAGUGCACUGCCUGCUGUUCAAGCAGCGGUAAAGAUUGAAGAGGCGUGUGCCAAGAAUUACUGGCAAAGGUUCAGUGUCUGGCAUUUGCACACAUUUAAGUUGUCAGGUAACUUAAAGAGGUGUUUUAUGCUAGUUGUUCAAUGUGAAAGAUAUGAUGAAAUCUGCCUAUUGUAUCUUUAAAUGUUUCCACCUGUUGUUCCAGACCAAAGGUUAUAUUGGGGGUAUGUGCAUGACUGACUGCUUAUGUAAAUUUCUGUUCUAUAUUCACAUGAUUGGGUUAUUUUUACAUUUUGUUGAUAUUUCUGCCUGUGAUAUUUUGUAAAAUACCUUCAUUACUAAUUAAAACAAUGAAUAUGAAUGUU